CUGUCGAUGUCUCAAGUUAUGCUACGUGUAUUGCCCAGGCACUAUGUGAUUAUUAACAAACGGACCAACGUGUAGUGUUAGAGGAAAAUGAAAUUUUUGUAACUUUACAGUGUCGUCGCUUGUAAGUACACGACGAAAAAAAGGCAUAUAGAUUCUGUAACGUAUACUUCCGUAUGCGAUUCGGAUGUCAACUCACGCGAAUGAGCGAUAUCGUAACGCCAUUGUACAACGAUCAGCUGUAGUCACGCUGUGUGAAAAGUCAGAGAAAAUGAUCUUCGGCUAAUUCAAUUGUAAAAGUCAAUUCGAAUACUCGCUAUAGCUGUAGCACGCGAUAUUUUACACGAUUUUUCUAUGAGAGAAAUGUGAGGUGUUUCAAAGCUAACCCCGAUCUCAUAUUUUGUAAACGUCGUUUUUAUUAAAUUUUUACACUCUACUCGUUGUUGAUUACAAAGGAUAUACCUUGAAAGUGAAUAGGACUUGGCUGUCGCAUCUAUGCCAUUGGGAAGCUUAGAUGUACAAACAUGUUCAGAGUGUCAAGACUACCUGAUAGACGUUUAGCAUACAUUUCCUAAACUUGUCGACUCAUUGUGAUUUCAAUGCAGUGUUGUUUUGCUGUUACGUCCAGUGUACAGUGACCAUGUACAGUUUUGAGGGAGAUUACAGGCGCAAACCCCAGCAGAACUUGGCGGGUGCCAGUCGAAGGGAUGAAAAAGCUGCUUUACUUCAGAAUGCUCAUCUUGAACGCUUAAAGCGAGAGCAGCAGCGCAACAGACACAAUGCCACUGUUAAAAUUCAAGCACAUGUGCGAAGCUUCAUUAUAAGACAGGCCAUCAAGAGGCAAGAAAGAGGCGAAUUCGAUGCAUUGAAGAAGACUGCCGGUAUAAAGCCUUUAAAUGUUGAUGAGUUGAUACCGUUUAUCAAGAAGUUAUUAUUUUUCUACAAUCACACACAUGAUGGCAACAGACUGGUGUGGCUCUUGCAACAUGUUCUGAAACUUCAAAAGGAAAUCAAAUUGCAAUCCACAUCCUCCAUAGAAUGGUUAUGGCGAAUAAGAUGGAUACUUAAAAUUUGCAUGCAGUAUAGCCUGCAAACUGUGCUAGAUGAUUCAGGGCAAUCCAUAGCGAUACCAUUCAGAAUUUUAGAAGUUUUUACAACCCCAGAAGAGACAGGAGGAGUUAUAUAUAUAGAUGUAGAUCCUGACUCACACCUAAAAGAUAUAUUUGCAUACUUAGUCAGGAACAAAUAUUUCGAGCAAGUGAAACAGCUGAUCGAUACAAAAGUUCCAUCUAAUUUGGAACCAUCGCCAAAGCCACCAACUUCAAUAGCUAAAUAUUUCUUGGAAAUGAUACAACGACCUUUAAGCAUUGUUAAUCGUAUGGACAAUGUCAAUGAAUUCUGUUUUUUGGUUUUACACAAAUUCUGUAAAAGUAUCUUGUCUCAAAAAUUAACCAACCAAAUAUCGGCGUUUAUCAUUCCUGCUCUCUUGGAAUUCAAAGAAUUUCCUUACGACAAGCUGAUCACUUGUAUAAACCGAUAUGAUUCGCAGCCAACUGUUAGCCUGUUAUAUUCUGUUCUUCAACUUGAACCUUCAGGAUACUCACCAGGCAAAUCGAAAAGUAGUCUCAUAAACUACCUUCAAGUUCUGGCCUCGUUGAGCUCGACCAUCAACCCACCGCCGAGUCAGCAAAAGCUGAGCAAUGAGCCGGCGGAUGCCUCGGACAGUGACAGCGACACAGAGAUGCUGGAGAGCGGUGAAGCUGACGCGAUUCGACGCUGCAUAGAGAUGUUGAACGAGGAACAUCGGGUACAAGGCAUCUUGAUGGCGGUCGACCAGAGCGAUGAGCCGAUCGUUAUGCAACCACUCUGCCAACUCUGCCACAAUCUUCUCAUCACCAACAAGAACGCCAUCCACAAAUACAAGUUGCUCUACAUGCUCGCCUUUAAGCCAGCUUUCCUACGCCAGCUCUGGGGCACCCUACUCACCGUUAGUCAGACCUCGCUUUUCGGCGGAUCCACUCCGUACCUGCACAUAAUCUCCAGGGGCAUCGCACUCUCGGCCGAGGAUACCUCCAGGAUAGUUCCCCUGCUUGCGGUAUUCUGCUCGCUGUUUAGUUUGCUCAUCGCCACGUUGCACGAUACCGAGUUCUUUAUCGAACCCUCGGGUAUGGAAUUGGCCCUGACGAAUAGCAACGUUGAUAAAGGACAGCAAGCGAUGCCUUUUACCACGUAUGACCUGGCUAUUCUCAGUUCACAUUUGAAAGGAGUUUGCUUGGGUUUGGUUGAGCUAGCUUUUCCCGAUACAAGACCCUCGGUGAGAGACGAUUACAAGACCGCAGUGCUUGGACCGUCGUCGUCGAUCUCGACUACUCCCCAAAACACUCAGAUGUGGACGCAUCUUUUCAAGGUGACUGUGGGUCUGCUUCGCCAGCUGCAUACUCGUGAUCUACGUCGACAGUUCUGUCCGGAUGGCCACUGGAUAGCUUCGAACAUCGUAAUCCCGAUGAACAAGCCCCAGGACUUUACACUCCGACGUCGUCGUCUGCGCAACUACGUCCCUUUCCAAGGCCUACGUGUUUUCACUCGCGAGGAGAUCGAAGACGGACCACCUCUCUCCACGAAAGAAGUCCGCACCUUGACUCUCCUUCGCGAGAUACCAUUUGUGGUGCCGUUCAACGAGCGCGUCAUUGUCUUCCAGUCGCUCAUCAACCGCGACAAGUGCGAACAGCAGGGCGAGUUGACGCACUUCAUGCAGGGCCCCUCGAUUCAUAUAUCUGUCAGGAGGAAUUAUCUCUACGAGGAUGCCUUCGACAAACUCUCGCCCGAGAAUGAACCUGAGAUGAGGCUCAAGAUGCGGGUGCAGCUAGUAAAUGCGGUCGGACUCGAAGAGGCUGGUGUUGACGGUGGAGGAUUGUUCAGGGAAUUUUUAUCCGAGCUUCUCAAGACAAGUUUUGAUCCGAACAGGGGAUUCUUUAGGCUUACAAAGGACAAUAUGUUGUAUCCUAAUCCGACAGUUCAUCUACUUGUCGAUAACUUUCCUAAGCAUUACUAUUUUAUAGGUAGAAUAUUAGGAAAGGCUUUGUAUGAGAAUCUGCUUGUCGAAUUGCCGUUUGCCGAGUUCUUCCUUUCGAAGAUCGUUGGGACACAAUCGGACGUGGACGUACAUCACCUUGCCUCCUUAGAUCCCAUAAUGUAUCGAAAUCUUUUGUAUCUUAAAAGUUACAAAGGUGACGUUACGGAUCUUGGUUUAGAUUUUACAAUCUUAUCAGACGAAUUAGGUGAAAGACGAGUGGAUGAAUUAAAACCUGGCGGCGCCAACAUUCCUGUUACAAAUCACAAUCGAAUAGAAUACAUACAUCUGAUGGCCGAUUAUAAACUCAAUAAACAGAUUCGGGCACAAUGUAACGCAUUUAAACAGGGAAUAGGCAACGUCGUACCUCUUGACUGGCUGCAGAUGUUCAAUAACAAGGAGCUUCAAGUGCUCAUCUCGGGUGCUCAAAUACCUGUUGACGUUAGCGAUCUCAAACAACAUACAAAUUACACAGGCGGCUAUGCUCCAGAGCAUCCAACAAUUAUUGCUUUUUGGAAGGUUGUUGAUGAAUUCAAUGAUCAACAGAAGAGCCAAUUGCUAAAGUUUGUAACAAGCUGCAGCAGACCACCUCUUCUUGGCUUUAAAGAAUUAGACCCACCAUUUUGUAUUCAGCACGCUGGAAGUGUUGAUCGACUACCAACGUCCAGCACAUGUAUGAAUUUACUAAAACUUCCACAAUUUCCGGAUGAAAAGACAUUGAGGGAAAAACUCCUGUAUGCAAUUCAAGCUGGUGCUGGUUUUGAACUCAGUUAAAGAAACUUAAUAAAAAUUUGAUUAUCAAGGAUUUUCAAGAUAUUCAAUUCGAUGUGCAGUUUUUUAACUUUACUUGAAAUGAAUACAAUUGAUUCAAUGCUUGAUUCUUAGACAUUAGUUACAUUUCUUAUUUAUUUAUAUACAUAAGAAAUAUUUUGCCAUGAAUUAUCAUAAUUAUGUUUUUUUUUCGUGAAAGGGUGUAUAAAUGAUUUUAGUGCAUAUAUUAAGUAGGCUGAGUUUGCAAAACACAUUGAAUUUUUAGCUUUGAAUUUUCGAAUGUUUCCUGCCAAUGGCAAAGGAAGUUUUACUGACUAUGUGUAAAUAAUUAUUUGUAAAAUAUUGAUGUGCAAAUAUUUUGGUAUCACGUAAACCUACGUGUACUUAUUUACUAAGAAUGUAGUAAAUGUCUAAUGAUAGCUUCUCAUUUAAUGUGUCUACAGUUAAAGUUUAAUUUUGAAGAACAGAAUGCGUACUGUUAAAGAUUAUAUUUAAUGUCUUCUCUUUUUGUAAAUAAAGCCAAAAUAUUGAUCAAUUGAGAAAGAAAUUCUGCUUAUUUCACGUGUGAUUUAUUUUAAAAUGACCUGUUGUGCCUUAUUGCUUUAUUGUAUCACAUUUCACUUAUAAGAAUCAGAACAAGUAUAUUUUAAAUUAAUGUGUUGAAGGGGCCAAAUUAUAUAAAUUAUUCAUGUAUGUAUAGAAUGGUCAUUAAAUUAAGUAGUAACUUGUAUUUUGGAUAAUUUUUAGUAAAUUAUCUUACACAUCAGGCUAAUGAAAAGCAAAAUAAAAUAUAAAUAAGUCAACAAAUACUGGAGAAAAGUUGAAAAGUAGGCAGUAGUUUUGACAAAAUCAAUUCUUUGAUAUAUAAAUAUGUGUAAAAUUUAUAAAAUCAUACCAAUAGUUUAUAAACUAUCUUUGGCAACGAUAUAUUUUGAACUUAAACUAUACAGAAAUACAUUUUUGUAAGACAAAAUUUCGUGGUUAAAAAAAAUUUACUGAAUUUCAGUAUUUAUAUUUGAUUAAAUGAAACGAAAAGCAGCAAAAAUAGAAUAUUUAUCGACAUAUAAGUUCAUGUAAAUGUGACUGUCAUAGCUAUAGUGUAAAAUAGAAAAUAAAAACAUGUUUUAGAAAUUAAAAAA